AUGCCUCACAGCGAGGAGCGACAAAUGCAGGGUCAGGUGGGUAGCGACGCGGAAGAGGGGCGGUUGUUUGCGUGUGAUUGCAAGUGCGAAGAUGGCAGUGCAUGCACGGCCACUUUUGGGACUGCGCAAGCGUUGGCUAUGUUGUACCGCCAGCGGUUCUGGUAUGCCCUAUCUGUGACGCCGUGCAUUCGUCGCUACAUGAGUUGCUACAGUGCAUCGCGCAGCAUUUUCCUCAAGUGCCAAGGUCUUGAGCUUCAUUGUGUAGUGGUAAAGAUGUCAUGGUUUCAGCAGACGCAAGAAGGGGCACGACCUGUGAAACAACCGCGGCUUCAGGAUGACGAGGGCCUUGCAAGCAAAGAGAAGAAGAUGCUCGAGAUGCUUGCCAAGUUGUGUUUAAAGAACUCGUUGGAAAUCAGAGAGCCGCAAUCGGCCAUCUUGUGUACGUUCAUUGUUCCUCGGGACAGUGCUAUCGCUGUUGCGGGAAGUGAUGCUGCAAAGAACCAUGUGGAGAGAAUGAAAGCUGUACAAGGCAAUGAAAAGAAGAUCGACGCGUUGGGGCCUAUUCAUGUACACGUGUGGGCUGCAAUCGUGAAUGCUGCAGUGGGGAGUGCGGCAACCAAGGAGGAUGCGGACAUUCUCAAACAGCAUUUUGACAGUAUCACAAAGCCUGGCUCAGACCCGAACUCCAUUGCGCUGCAUGUUCAUGUUGCUCGCUUUCGUAAAGCAUGGGAUAAAAGAACGGUGAAGUUGAACUUGGCUUGCCGCAGUGACUGGUGUACAGUGUUUGAGUCACUAGAACGAGCCCUUGUUGCGAGCGGCGCGAAGCGUAGGCUCGGGCAAGCCCCUCGUGGUGGGCUAGAGCGACAGAUCCAAGAAAUGUUGGAUGCAUUGCAGUAA